AUUUUCGCUAUCGCUCUCAUCCAACCGGUUGGCAGCGAUUGGCCCGCUGAGGAUAUUCGUGAAAUCGCCGACUUCGCCAUGGAGGACCAAAACGAGAAGAGAAAGAAAGAGGGUGGCAAUGAACUCCGGCUUAAGGAAGUCAUCAAGUGUAAUGUGAGGGCUGCUUGUCCCCUCAACUAUUACAUAACUUUAAAGGCCGAAGAUGUCGUCACCCUCGAGGUCGAUGAAUAUGAAGCCUUGGUGAUGACUCGUUGCGGAAACCAGAAAGACGAGGUUCAUAUCUUUAGGAAGAAAAACAAACCGACUAUUAAUCCACCAGCGUCCACAGAGCUUGAACCAAGUAAUUCAGAUUGUGCAGUUGAGGACCCAGACAAAAUUUGUGACUCCAGAAGUUGGGACCGAGGGGAGACAAGAAGGAGGAGACAGCGAAGGAGGAGAAGGAGAUCCUGAGUUAUGGUUUCUUUUAGUAGGUUCAUGUUGAUAUCUUAUUUUGGCUUAUUGGACAGUUUGGUUAUAUUGUAUCUGUGGCAUGUUAUCUUUUAAAUGAAGGCUUGUGGUGAAUUCAGGACCUUCUCCUGUUGAUUUUAUGCUAGAACUCUUUUGUAUUGUCGGACUAUUUAAGAAAGAUAAUCGUGUCUAGUUAUGUUGAAUGCUGAAGGGAUGUAAAACCUAUGUUUUUUUUCCAAGUUGUGGUUUUGUUGUUU